UAAGAGUUUGGACAUGAGACCGGUUAUGCUGCCAUUGUGAGAUUUUUCUGGAUUUAAUGUUCCCAUGUGAUGGCAGUUUUAGCAGGCAUGAAGUCAGGAACCGGACAAGACACACAUGAAAAAAGGUUAUCCUGGCCUGUUUUCCUGCUGACUCUAGCUGCUGUCACCUCCUCAUCUUUAUCAGCGUUGUCCUUGUACCAAUUAGUGGCUCUUAGAGCUGAAGUAGAGGUGCUCAAAUCAGAAAUCACUCGCAGGAGAGAAGGACAAGAGGCCAGGCAAAGAGGUCAGACUGAAAGUAUCAGUAGCAGGAGCAAUGUCCAAGAGUCUCCUAGCUCUCAACAUGCGUUCAACCAAAUAAGGAAGAGGAGAACGUUGUUGGAGUCAGAGAGGUCAGCUUCUCAGUCCUGCCUGCAGCUGUUGGCAAACAAUAUCAGAAAACCCUUCAUCAAAGAUCUCCCCUCAGGCCCAUACACCGGCAUCCCCUGGCAGGCUGGACUGAGGAGAGGCUCCGCUCUGGAGGCAGAUGGUGACCGCAUUGUAGUCAGAGAGGAGGGCUUCUACUUUGUGUACAGUCAGGUCUACUACAUGGACAGCACCUUUACAAUGGGCCACGUGGUGAUCCGAUGGAAAAAGUAUGUUGUAGGAAACGAAGAACCGGACGUGCAACUGUUCCGCUGCAUCCAAAGCAUGAACCCUACGUACUCGUUCAACACCUGCUACACAGGAGGGAUUGUGAAGCUGGAAAGGGGAGACUUCUUGGAGCUUCUGAUCCCCCGCUCUGUGGCCAACAUAUCCCUGGAAGGAGAUUCUACCUUUCUGGGUGCUUUCAAACUGGCUUAA